AUGCCGAAAGCAGAGGGGGAUGAGGGGGGCACCGAGAGCGGCCCGUGGAGGGAGGGAGGGAAGCCCGGGGUGGGAGGGCUGGUCGCCAAAUCCCAGGGUGGCGGGGCGGCGCCUGGGUAUUCCCCGCGUGGGCCUGGGCUGCGGAGCCGAGGGGCGCUCGCGAAGCAGCGGCGGCUCAAGCGGCCGGGGGGAGGCCGGGGGCCCGAGCCCGCCGCCGCGCGCGCUGGCCGUGUCCACCCCGCGAACGGCCGCUCCGCCCCGGCGCCCGCCAGCGCCGAAAAGCGUCCUCGGCCCGGAGCGGAGGGGGCGUCCCCGGGUCCCGCUCCGGCGGCCGCAGAAGCGCCCCGCCCGGCCGGACCCCGCAGCCUCCCCUCCCGCAGCCUCACCUGGAAAGGCGCGCCCGGGCGCAGCUCGCCCUCUCCGGAGCCUCCCCCGGCCAGCGCGGCUCCGAGGCGGCCCCGGCUGGCUCCGCGGGUCGGCUCCUCCGCACAGCCCUCGCCGGGCCGGGGAUGCUGCGGAGCGAAGGGGCGGCUCCUCCUCCGCCGCCGCCGCCGCCGCCACCCGCGCGCCGCAGCGCUCCUCCCCGGCCGGGCGCGUCUCUUGCGCGCGGCCGGGCGGGCCGGCGGGCAGGUGUGCUCCGGCAGCCUCUCCGCCGGGCGGGCCGCGCGCACAGGGAGCCCCGGCUUGCAGGGGGCCUGUGGCGGGCGAGCUGCGCGCUGCGCGGCCAGCCGGGAAGCCGCGGAGGCCCCGGGGCGCGGAAGGGCGCCCCGCCUCGAGGGAGGCGGAGGGAGGCAGCGCAGUUGCGCCAGUUGCGCCUUCCCGGCCGCGCGCCCGGCAGUGGCGCUUCGGGGCUCCGGAGGCUGCGCGGCGGCGGCGGCGGCUCCCCCGGAGGAGGGCGCGCGGGUCUUCCCAGCCGAGGGGCGAAGUCCGCGCCGGGCGCUCGAUCUGCGCGGCCGCGGACUGGCGGGGCGCGAGCGCCGCGCAAAGCCAGCCGACCCGCGGGGAAAAAUUACGCGCGGCCCGAUCCUGAUUUGUUCAGUAUUCCAGGAAAGCGGGGGUGCCCAGAUGCAGGCCCGGGGCCGCCAGCGGUUCUCCGAACGACUUCCAAAGGUUGUUAGCGAGUUGUAA